GAGUUUCCUUUUUCUUACUUAUGGAAGUUUUACGUAGUACGGAAGAUUCGGAGCUUACUUCCAUACUAUCGAGUUGGCUAAGACACUCUUCCCGGAAAGUCGUCCCAGGUCCGAACCCUGGCUGAGGUUUUCCAAACUAAAAAUAGAGUCUACAGCGAUUGAGAAGCUUAGAGGUCUAGAGAGAAGCUUAAAACGCUCGUAGAAAAGAUAGAGAGAGAGAAGAAACUUUAUUCGACACAGAUAUGAACCAACAAGGAAAUAAGCACGGUUGUUCCCAACCAGCAAAACGUGAUUCCAAAAAUGUGGAUGAUAAAAAGAAGGAUGAUAAAAAGAAGGAUGACAAAAAGCCCAGCAACGAUAGACCGUCUAACGACAAACGAAACUUUCCGGGCGGGUUCAAAGACAUGAACGACAAUUACAUGAGACAACAUUAAUCAAGUAUCAAAAAACUUUAAUAUAAGUCAAGGGCCAAUAAGAGU